CUCUUCCAGAUGGUGGUUUCUGUCAGUGACAAGGGCAAUCCACCAAGAACUUCAGUAAAUACUGCCACUGUUAGGGUGAUUGUGACAAGAAACCUGAAGAGUCCAAUCUUUUUUAAUGAGACCUAUCGUGUGACCAUUCCUGAGACUCAGCCAGUUGGUUCAAACAUUAUCUCUGUCAGUGCUACAGAUGCUGAUCCAAUAGUAAGUAACAUUUAA